GAGAGAGAAAGAGAGAGAGAGAGAGAAACGUAGAUCUCUGAAAUAAAAUAAAGGCAAACAGGUUCCUGUGAGCGCAGCCAGGGGGGCCGGGGCUGAGGGUGCCGGGGCCGCGGCUGAGGCGCACGAACACGGCUCCGGAGCGGCUCAGGGCUCCCGGAUCUGGGGACAGAAGUGAGAUUGGAGAAAGUAGAGCGAUGCCAAGGAGGAAACAGCAAGCACCCAAACGGGCUGCAGGUUACGUCCAAGAGGAAGAUUUAAAGGAAGAGGAAGAUAUAAAGGAGGAGGAAGAAGAUGAUGAUGACAAUUCAACUGCUCAGCUCCAGGGCAGCAAUGACACUGGAACGGAUGAGGAACACGAUGUGGGUCCUGAGCAGAAAGGGAACUUUAGUUACCAGAAUUCCCCUGUCAGUCAUAUAUCUAACCAGGAUGCAGAAAAUGAAUCACUGCUGAGUGAUGGUAGUGACCAUGUGACAGAUAUUAAAAGCAUUUGCUCUAGAGAGCCGCAGGAUCCAAAAACCAGCACCCAUCCCAAAGCCCAGAAUGAAGCACACAAUUGCAUGGAUAAAAUGACAGCGGUCUACGCCAACAUACUGUCAGACUCUUACUGGACAGGCUUGGGGCUGGGUUUCAAGUUGUCCAACUCUGAAAAGAGGAGUUGUGACAACAGAAAUGGAGGGAACAAAGCUGAUUUUGAUUGGCAUCAAGAUGCACUGUCAAAAAGCUUACAACAGAAUUUACCUUCCAGACCUGUCUCGAAACCCAACCUGUUCAGCUCCGUCCAGCUCUACCGGCAGAGCAGCAAAAUGUGUGGAACGGUGUUCACCGGGGCCAGCAGGUUUCGGUGCCGGCAGUGCAGCGCAGCCUACGACACGCUGGUUGAACUAACAGUUCAUAUGAAUGAAACAGGUCACUACCAAGAUGACAACCACAAAAAGGACAAGCACAGACCUACCAGCUACUCAAAGCCCCGAAAAAGGGCUUUCCAGGACAUGGACAAGGAAGAUGCACAAAAAGUUCUGAAGUGUAUGUUCUGUGGUGAUUCCUUUGAUUCCCUUCAAGAUUUGAGCGUUCAUAUGAUAAAAACAAAACAUUACCAAAAAGUGCCUUUGAAGGAGCCAGUACCAACCAUUUCUUCAAAAAUGGUCACUCCAGCGAAGAAACGUGUGUUUGAUGUUAACAGGCCUUGUUCCCCCGAUUCCACAACGGGGUCUUUCUCAGAUACUUUUUCCCCGCAGAAGAAUGGGAACCUGCAAUUAUCAUCCAACAACCGCUACGGCUACCAGAAUGGUGCCAGCUAUACGUGGCAGUUUGAGGCCUGCAAAUCCCAGAUUUUGAAGUGUAUGGAGUGUGGGAGCUCCCAUGACACCUUGCAGCAGCUCACGACCCACAUGAUGGUUACUGGCCACUUCUUGAAAGUCACAAGUUCGGCUUCAAAGAAAGGAAAGCAACUUGUUCUAGAUCCUUUAGCUGUGGAAAAAAUGCAAUCACUCUCUGAAGCUCCAGCCAGUGACAGCCCGGUUUCAAAGUCAAUCGGUAAAUCAUCAUCUGCAGAAUGCAUAGCUCCUGCUUCCGAAAUAAAAAAAGAAAGUAAAAAAGAUAAAGCUGAUGAUGCAAACAAAGAUGAGAAAGCAGUAAAAACUGAAGAGUAUGAGGACGCUCUUCAGAAACCACUGGAUCCCACAAUGAAAUACCAGUACCUCAGAGAAGAAGAUUUAGAAGAUGGUUCAAAAGGUGGUGGGGACAUUUUAAAGUCUUUGGAGAACACUGUCACGACAGCCAUCAAUAAAGCUCAAAAUGGAGCACCUAGCUGGAGUGCAUAUCCCAGCAUCCAUGCAGCUUAUCAGCUCUCAGAAGGAGCUAAGCCAUCUUUGCCUGUGGGUUCCCAAGUACUGCAAAUCAGGCCAACAAUGGCCAACAAGUUGAGGCCCAUAGCUCCCAAGUGGAAAGUCAUGCCUCUAGUCCCUAUCUCAGCAAACGUGGCUCAGUGCACUCAACUGAAGAAGGAAACUGAUGACAGGGAGGAGGUACAAAAAGACUAUGCUAAAGAGAGCAUUCAAGCUGAGCCUGUUUCACUCAGCCAGAGUGAGAGGGAACCUAUCCUCAAAUCUGAAGCCUGCGUGGAGCCAAAAAACACAGAACCGUGUCCCUUGAAAGAAGAAGACAAAAUUAAAGAGGACAGUGGAAAAGAAAAAUCAGCCCUCAAGGAAUCAACAGCAGCUUCUCUUAGUAAUGGUUGUGCUGCUGCCAGCCAUUCAUCAGAGCUGCCUUGUGUCAACCCUCUCAGUGCCCUGCAGUCGGUACUGAAUAAUCACUUGGGCAAAGCCACCGAGCCUUUACGGCCCCAGUCCAACUCCAGCCCCAGCUCUAGCACAAUUUCUAUGUUCCACAAAUCUAAUCUAAAUAUGAUGGAGAAGCCAGUUUUAUCUCCUACUCCAACCCCACCAAAGCCUGCAAGUGUAACCAGGCACUAUUUGUUUGAAAAUAAUGAUCAGCCUAUUGACCUGACCAAAUCUAAAGGCAAGAAAGCUGAGUCAGCUCAAGCACAAUCUUGUACUUCUCCACCUCAAAAACAUGCUCUGUCUGACAUUGCUGACAUGGUCAAAGUUCUUCCCAAAGCUACUACACCAAAACCUGCCGCAUCUUCAAGGAUCCCAUCUAUGAAGUUGGAAAUAGAUGUCCGACGCUUUGAGGAUGUCUCAACAGAAGUCUCCACUCUGCAUAAAAGGAAGGGCAGGCAGUCAAACUGGAACCCUCAGCAUCUUCUGAUUCUGCAAGCUCAGUUUGCUUCCAGCCUCUUCCAGACAUCUGAAGGUAAAUAUUUAUUAUCAGAUCUAGGCCCACAGGAGCGUAUGCAGAUCUCAAAAUUUACUGGACUGUCAAUGACCACCAUCAGCCACUGGUUGGCAAAUGUCAAGUACCAACUUAGGAAAACUGGAGGAACAAAGUUUUUGAAAAACAUGGACAAAGGGCAUCCGGUCUUUUAUUGCAGUGACUGUGCAUCUCAGUUUCGAACCCCAUCUACUUACAUUAGCCACUUAGAAUCUCAUCUAGGUUUCCAAAUGAAAGACAUGAACAGGCUGGCUGUGGAGCAGCAAACCAAGGUAGAGCAAGAAAUCUCCAGAGUUUCAGUUCAAAGGUCUCCUGAAACAAUAGCUGGAGAAGAGGACACAGACUCUAAGUUCAAAUGUAAGUUGUGCUGUCGGACAUUUGCAAGCAAACAUGCUGUAAAACUUCAUCUAAGCAAAACACACAGCAAGUCACCAGAACACCAUUCACAAUUUGUAGCAGAAGUGGAUGAAGAAUAACUUAAGAAUAACCGUUUUCUCCAUCACGUUCAUUACUCGAAUAACAUUUGGAAAAUGAAUUCAUCAGACAGUCAAAAUUAAAGAUGUGUUGUGAGUUGUCACUCACGCCACCUGCUAUUGUGGCUAUUCUCUGGCUAAUUGAGGGUGCAAGCACUCUGAAGAUGCAUACUCGCUUGUGUGAAGAUUUCACAUUUGUUUGCUGCAAAUAUUCAUGAAGCCUUAAGAAACACAUUCUGUGUACACAGCCAGCACCAGGACUGUGCGUCACUUACGCUCUGUUUAAAAGGCUACUUUUGAAUAAUUUAAGCCACUAAUCAAAAGGUUGCUUUGGGAUGGGUAAUAGAAACUAUUGCUAGAGAGUAUGAUGUCGGUAUUCAAGUGCAGUAGGAUUGAAGUUUUACAUACAUCUUGUAUGUGCAGUCUGUGUUUGACCAGAUUUACUCUUUCUGCAUAUUUUAACGGGCAAAAUUCAGUCCGACUCAAAGGGAGUUUAUUUUCUCAACAGUGCUAAAAUCCUUAAAUUUCUUUGUUGGCAUUUUUAACCCAACAUUAGAACCCAACACAAAAGGAAGAAACAAAUGUUCCUCGUUCAUCUGAAAAUAACUGAUUUUCUGCUUAACCAUUUUAUUGCCAUUCAAAAUCAAUAUACCUGCCAAAAUAUCAGGAAAUUACAGGAGGUUGGUUGGGAAAAAUAUACCAUAUUUCAUUUCCUUCCUCGCCAGUUAAUGAUUAAUAAGACUCUGACAUUUGUCGUUUUCACAUAAGAGAUAUCAGAGCAAACCAAUAAUUUGGGUUCUAUCAAACAAAAGCUAUCUGCCAAAUAUAUUAAUGUAACAGUUAUUUUGGCAUAUUCAUGGCUUAAUACCUGACAAAUGUUUCAGAUUUGGUUUUAAAAGCACUGUAUUAUUAUAAAGAGGCAAACCAAACACCCACCUUCAUAAACAUGUUAUUGUUCCUCAGGAUUUGGAGAACAAGUACAAAGAAAAAAAAAUCUGUGGGGAAAAAAAGGCUUUCUGCAUUGUAAUAACCUACACAGACACAUCACGAGUGUUAUUCAGGUGGUAUGUGACUACAUAAACAAGGCACUGUCCUUCCUGCCUUUGGGUACCCAGAAAUCGCUGUCCUUUUAAUACUCAUCCUUUUCUAAUUUAUAUCAAGAUGCAGGUUGUACCUUACCUUUGAAAAAAUAUAUUUAAAUUGCAAUGACAGAGUGAUAGCACUGUUAUCUGGAACUAUAAUUUGAGUUGGUAUGCAUGAUAGCACAAAUUGUGUGAAAUGAUGGGGUAUUUUGGAUAGCACUGUAAAGGUUUUAUGACUGUAAGCCUACCCAAGUUCCUGCUGCACUAUAAGUGUGGAGGCCACAGUUUAUUCGUAUGGUUUCUUCCUGAGAUCUGCAAGGAGACUAAAUCAUAUAACAGGGAUUUUCAGGGUUUACUUAUUCUUACCAUGAUAUUGUUAAGAUUUGGUAUGCAUUUGAAUAAUAACGUAGAGGAUAGCACAGUGUUGAGAAACGGGGAAUAUAAAGCACACCAAAAUUCUUCAAACAUGCACGUGCACCUGCAUUCACUUGUAGGCAGUGCUGUAGUGGCAUAGAAAUAAAAAGAUAUGGAAAGAAAUGGAAAUAAAACAGUGGAAAGUGUACUCGAAGUACAGAAAUACAUAAAAUACUUUUUAUAUUUUAAUGAAAUUUACUGUUAAAAGUGAUAUUUUAAAAUGUUGACUAUCAUUAAAGUAUAAACGAAUAACCUGAGUUGGUACUGUAGAAAAAUGUGUUAUGUGUAUGGAUUUAUUUUUAAGAUCUCUGUGAGGCUGUUUAUAAGAAAUUCACUAUAAAUUCUUCUUAAAUGUAAAGACACAUAUCUGUUUUAUGUUCCUCUUCAGUGUUUUCUUGAGUUCCUUUAACUGAUAUGGGCUUAGUAAUAUAAUGUAAAAUUAUGUGUAAUAUACAACAAUCAGAUGUCUCUAUUCUUUUUUCAUUUAACCUACUUCAUAUUUGUUUUUAUUGCUCUUCUUCAAAGAAAGCCCAUGAACAUUAGGGAGCGUGGCUUAAUCAGAACUAAUUUGUAUGAUGACUUAUACCUUCAAAGAGGAUUUCUUCUCUUUUUUUUGCAAUUGAAUUAGAAUUUCUAUGUUGUUACAAGGAAAAAACAAGCCAAAAGGCAAUGCAGAAUUUUAUUUCGUACUGUAAGGUCAGGUGGUGGCAUUGACUGUCACUGCCGGUGACCGAGGCUCUCUCUGCUCUUCUCUUCAACUUCUUACAGAGAUAAGUCUCUAUAACGUUAAAUUUACCAACUUAAUUGGAAAGAUUGCUAAAGGCCCUGAUGAGCAAACAAGCAGCUACCUGAAAUGAACUAAUUGGAAAUAAGGCUGCUGCAAAACAAAAAAAUGAGUCAUAAUGAUAAACAGUUUUUUCUCUCUGUUUCCUCCUUUGUCUUUUUUUAACCAUCAAGUUUAAAGCUUCUGCAGUGCUUUUUUUCUACUUUAUAGGAGACAACUGACAUUCUGUGGUAAAUGGAAGAAAGAGCAGAGCAGAACUGAAAAUCCUCUAAUGCACUGACACUAACUUGCCCUCUAUUGUUGAAAAUGAGCAGGCAAUCAUGAUUGUUCAUCAAAUGGCUCCUAAUGCAGUUAAAGCAUUCAGCUAUAAUUUCUCCUUGCAUUUAUAAUUACUGUCAUAGACUGCACACCUCAGUGAGCAGAUUAAAGCUAUAAACUAUUUAGCCGUAGCUUUAAGAUGAGGAACUUGAUUUGUCUGGCAGCAGUUAUUUGUUAGAGAGCUUGACACUUCACAUAAAAAUGACUCAACUUGAUGAAGAACAAUGCAGUUUAAGCAAUGCAGUGAUUUUAAAUCAGUCAUUAUACCACGCCCUGUAAGAAUUGCAAAGCAAUUUGUUAAAUGAUAUAUAGGACACGUAGAUAACUGUAUGUGUUAAGUAUACCAAAAUAGAAGAUUUUUUUCUUCUGUGGAUUUUAUUUUCUCCUCCCCUCUGGAGCUGGAGGAGCUGCUCUGAACAUCAUGUUCUGCUAUUAGCCAAUAUUGGUGUUACACAGGCAAGGCCAAUUGCAGGAAUCAGUUGUCCGAAGCCACACAUUAGGAGAGAAGACGAAGCAAGACAAUAGGGACAGGCUCAGGUGGGCCUCUGUGCUGCCGCCCCCAAGCAGGGGGUUGCCCCAGCUGCCCCUCCUCCCUCCAAUCCGCCCUGGUGAAGGCCCACUCCCUCCAGUCCUUGGAAAUUUCUCACCGUUCCCCAAAGCAGUAGAUCAGGACUUUUCAAAUUCAGCAUUCUGAGAACUUGGAACUUGCCCUGCCUAACAUUUCUCAGUCCAGCACUUACCCUUGUAAAUCGAGCAGUAAGAGUUUGCUCUUGGCUUCAGUGAGAGCAGGGUCAGGGCAGAUCAGGGUGCAUCAGCAUGGAUGUAUCUGUGCAGAUUUACUUGCUCUUUACGAAUAGUACAGGCUGCUAUUAAGAUUGGUGUUACUGAAAUUGUAUUAGCUCAUCCAACCCACCAGGUUACCCCAUAUGUUCUAGACUCUGUAUGAACAUAGAGUAAAUGACAGUCCCUUCCCCCAAAAGGCAGGAAUUCUUCAAUGCACAAAGAGAUGGCAACCUGUAAGGAUUUUGAUCAGAUUUUAGACCUUGAAUAGCAUCUACCUCCUCAAGCAUUCAGUAUUCAUAAGGGUAUCAAAAUCUUACCUUCUCCUUGGUGCAUCUGAUAUUAUUAAAUGCUACAGCCUUCAUAAUCUAUUGCGGGACAGUUUUACCCUGUGAAAUUUCAAAGGAAGAGGACACAUUUUGUACAUCGCCAACCAAAUAGCAAAGAUCAAUAACAGAAGGAAAAGAUGUGAGCAGCAUCCAGCCCUCAACAGCACCUUUCAAUAAAAAUAAUGUUAUUUAGCAGGAUGAUCACUCUGUGCAAAUAUGAUGGAGCACAGCUGAAAAACAAGGGAAAAUGUAGAUACGGCUUUAUGGGAAAAGGAAAGGAGGAAGAGAUUUUUCACUAUUUAUUAGGACAAUGAACGGAUAAUUCAUGAUUAUUAAGCUGUAGUCCUCAGGUCUUAUUCUGCCUCUCCUCGGUUGAGAGCUGGGUCUGUCUGUGCAUGGAGGUGGGAUGCGUUGGCAUUGGCACAGGAAGCUCAGCUCCCUGUGGUAGUUCUCAUGCAUCAGUGGAGCCACACGGGAAUCAAAGCAGCAGAUACCGCUCAGGACCCUGCCUGCAAGAAGAAGAAUGGGGCAGAAGAAGCCACGCACAGCACAGAGCUUAUUUCAUAACUGUGACAGUGUUUCUUGUUUGAGAGCACCUCAUCAGGAAAGGGGCAGCAGACUCCGGUUCCCAGUCCAUGAUAAGGCAUGUAGCAUCGAGGCACUGCACUGGUCACAGCUACCUGGAGAGCGACGGGCCCAAGGCUCCAUUCUGCCUGCUCUGGGGGGCUGUGCAUCCCAAGAGCACGAGAUGGUGGAGCCCUGGAAGGUGGGAGGUGGCUGGAAGGCUCCGACACUCAGUUCUAUGAGGGCUGUCCAUCUCUGGGGCACUGCAUUGGCUCUGUUGGCUCUGGAUGUAUGGGAAAGGUGCAGUGGGGUCCAAGAGGAGGGUGCGCUGGGGGCAUGGAAAGGGAGGGAAUGGCAGCAGUAUGCUGGGCAGAGGAAAGGAGGGAGAGGUGGGAAGGAGGGGGCUCGUUCCUUGCUGGAAAUUUGCAUGUUCCCUUUAUUAAAACAAAACAAUUCCUCCUCCCCUCCAAAAUCCCUCCCUGCCAGCACUCAGCGCAGCUCCUCUGCCAGGGGUCAGCACAUGCAGGAUGGGGGAGGGAAGGAUGGGGGAGUGGAGGAGGUUGUCAUGUCUAAUGAAUACCCUGAAUGUAUCGAGAUAUAUAUUUUUUUCAUUUCAGAAAAGGUUCCAUUAAGAGGGAGACAGCCCUAACAUGUGCUUUGGCCCCUCAUCAGAUUUAUGAGUAUUUGCUCUGCUCUUUAAUAGGAAACUCUGCAGCAACUGCCACCUUGCCUGCUCUCCCUGAGAUACACAGUGGCUUCUCAGGGAAAUGCACUUCAUUAUUAAUGUGAAUUUGUACGUUUUUAUGACACUGCUUGGGGGAAGGGGCAGGCAGAGAUUUCCUGGUGAUAUAUGCUCAUUUCUAACCAUUUAUUGUCCCAGACAAUCGAAGAACAAUGAUAAACAUUGUUAUAGAAAGUGGAGAGUGCCACAGUGACAUUUUUGAAGGGAAAGGAGAGGUGGCUGGAGUGGUUUUCAUGUGUUUGCUCCCCUCCAGCACCUGCAGCAGCUGCAUCAGAUCGAGUGACGAAGUGGUCCUUAUGGUGGCACAUUGUCUCCCCAUGCCUGCCCAUUUCUGGGGCCAGCAAUGACCCUUUGCUCAGUGCUUUGCUGCAGCUGAGGGGGUACAGAGGAAGGGCAGGAGUAUGUCUUUUGGGAAGCCUCUACUGCAAAAAGUCACAAGACUCAGAGUGAAUGUUCAGAAGAAUCCCCAUGCCCCCUUGCCCUGGUAGUUUCUGAUUUAUUAUUGAGUGACCUGGCAUGGAAACCCUGUGCAUGCAGCAGCAGCUGCAAGACAUCAAAUCAGACCGGGAGCAGAAAGGCAAGGGUGUGUGACAUCAUUUACCAGAGCAUUAUCAGCAUCUUCUUUCUCUCUCUACUGCAAAGCUCAUCUGUAAUUCACACAGCCACCGAGGAGCUCUGGGAGGGGAUGAAAAUGGUGGGCUUGGGCUGCAUUGGAGAACCAAAACAUUUCAGCCUUCAGGGUCACCCUAAAAAAGAGAUCAGUAAGGCCCUGUCUUCCCUGUGAUCCCACUUCUCCUGCCUCUCCCAGCAGUGUUCUGCAGGCCUGGUGAAGGUCAAAGUGAGGUUACUCUGUACCAAAGCCUCAAAAGCCUUUGUGCUUGAGGGAGCUUCACUGUUCCCUUUGGGAUAUCCUCCGUGCAACACUACCAGCCAGAGCUUCCUCUGUGCCAUCGAGCUCAUAGCCUCCAGCUAUAAGUGAACGACUGUGUUUGUAUUCUAUUCCCUAGCCCUGAGCAUGCACAAUCCUUUGUAACAGGAGGUGUGCCCAACAGCUGAGCACUGCUAAGACUUCCCUUAUGACAUUUUUCUGCUUUCCUCUUCAAACUGAACAGUAGCGAGGAAGAAAAUCAGAAUAGCCAUAUAGGGUUGGGUCAAAAAAUCCCACCCAGUGAUAUCAAGCCCCAAACCUAAGUUCCCCCUCCUUUUCCCAUUCUUUUUUUCCACAAGGGUUUCCCAGCCAGCAAUCUGAGCAUUAGAUUUCCUCUGGACUGUACACAGAAGAGGAAUUGCAGUCUUACUGCAGAAUUCAUACUAGCAUUGACCAGUAAUUCAGAUGAGGCAAAACUACUUGUUCUGUUGUGCAUGGAUAAUGCUACUGGGAUCCCUUCUGGAUCUGCUUUCUGCCUUUUUUGUACAGAAACAAAAGUGUUCUUUCCUCUCUCCUGCUGUAGAACUGUUGAAUCCUAACUGAAAACUUGUUUUCAUGAGCUCAUUUAAGGAAAACUCCCAAACACUCCCUGUUUCUAAAAAUCCCCAAGUUUAUACCAUAAACCACAGAUUCCCUGGAAUUAUGGAUCUCACUGCGUACAGCCAAUAACCUGGCACAGUGUGCAGUUGCCAGCUGAUACCUCCAUCCCGCAUCUCCAUCUCUCCACUUCUCUGUCUUGUUCCAGGCCAAGGUCAGAAGUAACUUAAUGCCCAGUUCCCUGUCUCUGCCCUCUGCUGCUCUCCAAGCAGUCUUUGGUUGUCACCCUGUAGCCGCAUGCUUCACCACUGCUGCAAACACAACAGCGGCUGCACAACAUCAGCCGUAUUUCUGAGAUAAAGUCAAACUACUGGCAUUGAUUCCUAUAGGGAAUGAGUCCUCGUGGCCACCAGCUUGCUUUAUAGGGCCAUUAAGAGGAUUGAUGUUGCCCUUUAAGCACCUAUUGAUCUACAUCCCAAGGGACAUCGCAGAAGAAGUGUUCUGCUGGGAUAUGAGUAUGCCAUGUCCUGCUUCUGCCCACUUUCAUGUAAGCUGAGCACACCACUCUUACAAGCAAGGGCAAAUCUGAAUGCUUCCUUCGUGCUUCCUCAGCUCAGGGGCAAACAGCUGCAUGUGAUUCAGUCCUCAGCAAAGUUCUCCCCUAAACUGGACAUACAGACGGAUAGGCUGUGGGUGGGCUUCCAGUUCAGUAACUCACUUCCCUUUGUAACCUAAGGAGCCCUCAUCUGUUGGCCAUGGUUUUUUAUGGUGCAAGACCCAGGUUUGUCAUCCAGAGAACAGACGACGGGGGAGGUAAUUCUGUUUAUUUGAUCAGUGUAUUUUUAAAACGUUGUCUGUGCUCCCAGGAAUUGUGAGGCCUUCUUCUAUAAAUCACUAACUCACAAAAGAAAAAAAAAAUCUCUCAGUAUUUUUCCAAAGAGAUGAGGGUGAAAGUUCCUAUACUCGUUUGUCAUGUCUGUAAAAAAAAUAUCAACAAGAAUGAUAAGUAUAGCCAAAAAGAGUGUAAAAGCACACCCUGUCAUUUGUUUUCCAUGUGCCAUAUGUUUUCUGAAUCCUGCACCUCCCACAUACAAAUUGCAUGCAAUAAUGUGGGGUGCACACAUUACUCAGGAUUAUUUAGUUAAGCCCUGCCUAUAUGAGGGAAUUAACUUAGAUAAAGUCAAGCCACUGUGCUUUGUUUUGUGUUUUUUUUUCCCUUAUUCUGGAUUCAUAGAGUAGAAAAUUAAAGAUCCCACUGUGCCAGGCUUCAUGUCAUUUGGUUUUAAUUUAAUUCAUCUCUUCAAUUCUCUGUUUCUCCUUCUCUUCGAGUAUCAUCAGUAGGUGGUCCAAGCAUCAACCAGAAGAUUUACUGGCAAGAGUAAAUGUAUGAAUGCUAUGAACACAUUGUUUUUCUGAUAUGAUUUAAUGACCUUUUUGGCAUUCCCAUGGCUGUUGAAAUCUUCCAUAAUAAUUCCCCUUGGCAGCCAAAGCUCCUGUUGAUCAGGUGAAAGCUGAUGCAAAUGUCAAAUGUCAAUAAAUUUGUAAUCCAUAAAUGUAAUACUCAGUGCCAGAGUGAGACAGGGUUAAACAGAGUGCAGCAGCGGACACCUAAGAUAUGAGCUAAAUCUUCAUAUUGUAAAAACAGGAGAGGAGUAUCACCUCCAAAAAGCCUCCGUAGCCAAACUCUUCUCCUCACUCCCUGUUCUCUCUGCAUGUUUUCUGAACUGCUGAGCUCUGACAAAAGAGGGUUUCGGUUGCACUCGGUGGCGCGAGGCUGGGGGUGCAGGUUCUGUCCCUUGAUCUGUUUUUGACUCAUGGUGUGAGGCUGGGAGUGAACUUCUCUGUGUUUCCAAAGGAGCUCUUUACCACUGCAGAGGUUUCAGAGCCAUUGGAGUUUGAUCCUGGAAGCGAUUAGUUAUGCAAGAUAUUCCGGUAAAUUAACAGGACCACUUAUAUAACUUAGGUGUUGCAGGAAUGAGUCGUGACUCAUUUAUAGUUUUAAGAUGCUUGAAAAGGGCGAGCCAUGUCUGAAGCCUGAUUUUAUAUACAAUAAGGACAUAAGAACAAUCACAUAAUUUCCCAGGAGAUUUUCUUGAGGGCCCUCCGCUUUGACCUUUGGCUCUGAAAAGCUCCGGUUUGUUUGACAUUGAAAAAAAGCAAAUGUGUGAAUGCAGUGCCACGAGCAUUUGCACUUUGAGCAUGCUGGGGCUGAACACAGCUGAACUGGAAAAGACUGCAGCAGCUAAUGUACUGGGAAAAUAUAACAGAGGCAUUUACUUAAUAACUCAACUAAUUCCUUUAGCUCACCUUGUAGAGAUUUAACCUUUGAAUGAGAGAGUCCCUAGUUCAAAAUCCUAUGUCUCCUCUGUCCUUGUGUUAAUUUUUAAAUUAUAUAUCAUUGUUGAGAGGCCCUUGUGUUGAGCAUUACAGGCUAUUUUUCAUGUCUAAACUGGGGAAUUAUAACUGAACAUUAGCUACUGGCUAUAAAUCACACGGAACAAAGUGGCAUCUGCAGCUACUCAGUAACAAGAGUGGGAGAAAUGCAACUUACUUAAGUUGAGACAGGAAAGAGGACACAAGCGCAGCAGCAGAGAUAAUUGUGACUGGGGAGAACUAAUGGUUCUUCAAGCCGCGUGGGGCUGUGCAGCCCUGUGCUCAGAGCUCUCCACAGCCAGCACUGUAAGUGCACGGUCACAGCAGGAGCUCAGGCAAUUUGAAGGGGAAAUACGGAGCUGGAAGAUAUUUCACACACCCCUGCAAUGCCACCUAGCAUGCUGCCGGUCACGGCAGGCCAGCCUUGGAGUCAGAGAGAGCUUUUUCAGAGCCUGGAAAUUGCAUUGUUUUGCUCUCCCCAUCCUCAUCCUCCAUCAGCAAGCACGAGUGAGCAGUGUCCACAACUCACUCUCCCUGGGAAAUGUUUUUAUUUCUAAUUAUGGCUAAAGCCCAGGUGAGGAGGAGGCAGCACGGCGGUGAGCACAGCAAUCUGUGGGGCUGUGGUUCUGGGCUGUGUGGCUCUGCCCACUGCUCCACUCAUGGGCAGGAGCACUGCAGUGCCUGUGCCUUCCUGAGCAGCUCAACAAAGGUACAGCACUAUCUUAAAAGACAGCAAGAUAAGCUUAACCGAGCAUGGUCUCCUUCUUGCAUUUGUCUCUGCUGUCCUUUCUUUUACUUUGGUGGUAUAUUUUUUAGUUCCCUGAGCUUUGAACAAAGCUUCCAUGAUCUCUUGUGUCUCCAAUGGGGCAAGCCAAAGCUGCCUGUAUAGCUUUGGGGGUUGCACACUUCCAUUUGUGCAAUGGCAGCCAGCAGAGCUGCUUCAUAAACUGCUGAAAUAAAUGCAGCGGGGGCUCAAGGUGAGUUCUGCCUGCAGUGCAUCUGAAAAGGAGAACAGAGCUCUGCAAAGAGGUCCUCAAGCAGUUGGGUUUGUUCUGUUUGUGCAGUGCCGUGCACAGUGAGUUGCUGGUCCAGGCUCCAAGUGGCAGUAAUUGCAGUAGGUGUUUUGCUGAUUAGAGGUAAACUUCAGGACGUUCUUAAAAGCUUUGCUUUAGAGGCCUAUGUGCGGUACGUUUAUUAGGCUGUUCAGCAGUAAUUCAGACAGCAGAGAAUUGGUGAGGACCUGGUCUAUCUAAUUGUGUGUCUAAAUCAUAGUUGCGCCGUGAUUCAGAGGUACUAACAGUCUGCACCGAAUGGCUGAGGCUAUAUGGUCAGAUUCCUGCAGAUGGUCAGUUUGUACCAUAAAAUUUAAAAUUACAACUUGUGCCAUAAAGCUACUGCCUCAAAUUUAUUAUGUAUUGCGGCACAACAAGCAAAUUAAUACUAGAUGCAGUAUAUGCCCAGACAUUAAUGUGAGCAGAGGAUGAAAUAUUCUCUUCCCGGCUCAUUGGUACACAUUCCCUUCAGAGCACCAAGGAAAAGGAAGGCACCAGGAACGCAGCCCUGCGUUGAGCGUUGCCAGCCUGGGGGUGGUGGGAAGGACAUCACAGCCCAGCAUGGGCACACUGCACGCACCCCAGCAUGGGGACAUUGCACGCACCCCAGCAUGAGGCCCCGGGGCUUCCAAACCCACAGUUCUGCUCCGUGCGCCAUGCCUGCAAGAGCUGAGCGCUCAGCAAAAUCUUUUUAUUAUUCGUCAUAAAGAAUCACAGCUGUGAAGAGCAAACUAGGGAAGGGGAGCGGGAGCAGGCAGGCACACUCCCCUGGACUGGUGUAAAUCAGGAGCAGCUCCGCUGUAGGUCUGCUGAAUUACACUGCUGUCACUCCGACAUCAGCCCAGAAUCAGCCCCUUUACCUGCAAAAGAUGAGUGAAAUAUCUUACAACUGUGUGUCCAGGAGCCUGCUAAGCUUCUUGUAGAGUUGCUGUCAGUAUGCCCAGGGCAGAAGCAUAUUUUUUUUCUUACUGUUGUACAUAAGGGCUCUGCUGCAGCCGACAACAUGAAAUGUGUUAGUUCGGUUUGUUCAAAAUGGAGUGUGUUUGUUAAGUGUUGCCUCUUUGAUGUUGCGCUGCCAUCUCCAUCUUUGUCAUCAUUGCCCAUCUUUUUCAAUCUAAUGAACUCAAACCAUCAGUGCAACUUAAGUUCGGCUGUCUGUUCUUGCAUAGUUAAUAUUAAAAAUGUACUAACAGUGUGGCUGCGAAAUCAAAUUAUGCACAUAAAUAUGCUGGCAUAGCAGAGGAGGCGGCAGAAGCUGAAGUUAGCAACAUUGAUGCCAGUUCACAUUUGCAAAUCAACCGUCAAUCUGUCAUUAAACAUGUUAUCAAAUGAUGAUAAGUGUAUGCUUCUUGCUUGCAUUGGCGCGCUUAUUCCCGAUGUUGAUGUGCAUUAAUGGGAUAAUGUGCAUUAACAUAGUCUUGCUUGGAUGAACACAAAACAUUUUUUAUCCGUCUUAGUUUGUUUCCCCCUGUGGCCCCCAAGUAAGUGUUUUGUGUUAUCAAAUUGCCAAAAAAUGGGAAAACACAUUACUUUUAAUUAGCAAAAAUUUUGAGUCGUUCUUUUUUUUAGAAUUUUUAUCCAGACUCUCCUGUGUGUUGUCAAUUGAGGUGGAGGGGACAGAAAAACAUUCUCUUGCCUUCUUUAAGUAAAACGAUUAAUGUCAGAAACUCAGAGGCUGACAAUUAUGCUCUGUCUUAAUGCACUGGCCUUUCAUCUGCAGCCCUUGCUUUUGACACGAGUGAUGGUUUCAGUUCAGCGAUAUGAAAGGCAGGAAAGGAAAUGAUCUCAGGCAUUCCCAGCCCAUUGUGCGCUGCUGUACGCAGACAUGGCAAGCAGUCCUCGUGCUGGCUUCAGUUGGCGGUUUUGCAUGCGAGUCGGCAGCAGCUGUACCUAAUGAUUAAACAAAAAGCAGCAGAAGAGCACGGCUGCUCUUGGAGGGAGUGGAAGGAGCUUCCCACCCGCCGCCCGGCUCUGCCACCGCUCUGCGUGAUGAGCUGCUUGCAGCACACGCUGCCAGUGAGCUCCUGGAAGUGGAAAAACAUCCUAACGCAAAGUGAUGGAAGACGUAAAACCAUAGAGAGAGUCUGGCAACCAUCCCACCACAUCCCAGGGCCUUCCUGCCUCCCAGCCCUGCCCACAGCACCCGCCAGGUGAGGGCUCAGCUCUGGGGAAGGCCCAUUGCCCUGGGAACCAUUUCAAUAAAUAUAAACAUUUGUGGUUGUUGGGUUUUUUUAACUGCUUCUAUUCAGAAUUGAUUUUUGUUUUCUACCCAGACACGAUUCAGAGCUUUUGGAAAAGUUGAGGUGGAAUUCAACCAGAGCAGGAAAGGCAUCUGCUGGUCUUUUGUUCCUCUGGGACUUCAAGGUUUUCAAACUUUAAAAAGCAAACGAAGCAAGGUUCUUCCCACCCCUUGGAGAACAGCUGUUCUUUUAAAUCUUCCUGUAUUUAUGCAACAGGGGCAAAAUUGUGAUGAUCUACCCAGGAUUUUUACAGUAAAACAGCAAUAUUAAUGAAAAACAAUCUGGAUAAUGUCUGGUCCUGUUCAAAACAUGAGUUAUUCCAGGACUUUUACUAGGUAUUACUGGUAACGUUAUCAAAUCGGGCUCAAGAGUUUCCUUAAAGGAAAGUCAAUCACUUAAAGUGUUUUAUUUUUAGUUUAUGAGCUGGAAAAUAAAACUCCUUCUAAAACUUUUAUGAUAGGCAUCAUAUUAUUUACAUGUCUCUAAAAUAGCAACUAUUUCUCAUAUAAUAAAAAUGUUUAUAAAUUAUGUUUAGUCUCUGUUUAUGACUACAUUUAACAUCCAGACAUUGCUUGAGGUUCGUCCUGAACCUAAAAAAAUCAGAGCUAGUAGAAUAAUGACUUUCUACAUAUGAACAUUUUGGUAAAUGGGUCAAACUCUUGAUCACUCUUCCUUUUUUUUUAUCAAUCUAAUAAUGCCAUUAUCUUUAGGCAUCUUAUUCAGGCCUCUGAUUUCUAUUAUCUGGAUGAUUUAAAGGAAAAUAAUAGGGAAUAAUUAUUGAUUUUUUUUAAUUGUCUUGAUUUUUGAAAGGCCAAUUAUUUCUAAAUUGAGGCUACAUCAGCACAAGUUUUAUACUCAUAAAACUCUGAUAACAGUAAUUGCAUUCCUGUUGACUUUAGCUUCAGUGAAUCCUCAUGUUUUCUACUUCUAAACCAAAGAUCUUGUCUUCUCAUACAGAGAGCCUGAAUUUUAAGUUUAUUUUCUGUUACACAUCCAUUAGUUGCAGAAUUGCAGAAUUUACCUAGCUUUUUUUUUUUUUUUUUUUUUUUUUUUUAACAGCUAUGUAGCUUUAUGUUGCUUCUACUCCAUGAGCUACCUUGAAAUUAACUUGUCAAACAUUUGUCCCACUGCUUAGGGAAGGUUCCUGAUCAGAUGAGUGGACCAAUUUGUCAUGACCUGGGGGAGAGGUGCCAGAAAUCAGAUGGCUUUAAAAAGGCCUAUGAUGAGAGCUGUGUCUGGGGGACUCCUGUAAGGCAGCUCAGGCUAGGAUUAUGUGGGUGACUUUUUUAUCACAAACAGCAUUUGGACAACAAGUGGGCGAAAAGUGUCUUGCUGUCUCCCCUUCCAUGAUGACUUUGAGCCCUUAGACAGACCCUUCUGGAAGCUAUUCAUUGCCAGUGCCCAGUUCUUUCUAUUUUUGGCAUUGGCAUACAACACAUCAAGGUAUAAAAUGGGCAUAUCAAAACUGAACCCAGAUCCAAAAUCCCAGCUACAUCAUGAUAUUGUUCAGGAGAAGACUGGUUCUGGGUUUUAUCUUCACUACUUCAGUCAGACUCUGCUUUGAACACAUGCAUUCAUCAGCUGCAUUAAUUUACCAACUGUCGUUAAGCAGUUUAAAACAGUGGGAUGCUGGGUUGUUCCUCAGUAGUCAUUUGUCAAAGGAAAUGUUGGAAGAGGGAAUUAGAAGUAACAGAGUUAUGCUGUUCUUUCUCUCGGUUCUCCAGUCUUUAUUCUUCAUACUGCAUCUUCUUCUAUUAUCUUAGGCUAACUUUGGAGUGUUUGUCAGUUUUUGAAAAUGGCAAGUAAUUAGUCAAUAUGUUUUCACCAUAUGUAUCAAGCUCAGUAAAGAGGCAACCAUUGGCCUUUGUCAUGGCACAGUAAGCGUUCGUUUUCUCAGCACUUCAAGUUACGCUGAGCGUGUGGUGAACGCCAAAGAAUUUAAUGAGGAAUUUUACAAUGAAACAUUUGACAUAAUAAUUCUCUGUUCAGCACAGUUCACAAAUUUGGGACGAGUCCCCGUUUCAGAUUUCAUCAACUUGUGCUGUUCACACUCGAGGUCUUGCACGAGCUGCAUCACCCCUGCCUGGUGCCUAGCAGAGAGCAAAGAGGCUGUGCAAAGGGUGGAUAAAUUGUUACUGACUCAAUGUGGUCCUAUUUUACAUCUUCUUGGCACAGAUGCUGUGUACAAGAGGGAAGAAUUCUUGAAACCAUGUUUCCCUUCCUGACGGCCUUAGUACUUACCCCGAGCUAGUAAAUGCAGUCUUCCCAUGGAUAAAUUCUUGCUUUGAGGCUUCCACUGUUGCUGACUGUCAACCUUCUAUGAAAUAUAUAAAAAAACAGAAUCUGAUCUUAAUACUGCUGAUAAAAUGUGUCAUUUGCCCCGAUUUCACCUUCUUCUGAGCAAAAAUAUGUGCAGUGCUUCUGGAGAGUGAGAGGACAGGCAGCAGCCCCACCAGGGCUCUUGGGAAUACUCUAUUGCAAUUAUUAGUGGAACAGGUUUCUACAUUCUUCAUUGGCUUUCUUUAGAUUUACAAAUAGAACUUCUGAGCUCAGACUCAAUUCAGUGAGUUACAGGUGUUUUGUUUAACAUUUUGGGGUACGUACAAUAGUCAAAAUAAGAAUGAUGGCGUAUUGUUUUACUGCAGUCGUGUUUUAAAUUUAUGUGGCAUUGCUAUUGAAGUCAAUAGGACUUUCUCCUGAGUAUGUUUUGCAGAGCAUGGUAUCAUUAAAAUAUGACAGUUAAUAGUCUUGUUUAUGUUAUUAUAUUUAAUGAAUAAAUAUAUCAGUCUGUACAUCAAA